AUGAGCGCUGAGAGCUCCGAUAGUGAGUGCUGUGUGCAUCAAGCACCAAUCGUCCAAUCAAAUACCUCUACGCCGUCUUCGUCGGGGGCAUCCACUCCUAGCUAUUGUGCAGUUCGACGGCGAAUCAACAAGGGAAAAAUGAGACAAUCUCGCGGCCGUUACCUUCUUGCGAUCGAAGAUCGCAACCGGCUGCGAAAACUUGCGGCUCGAAAGAUAAGACUUGCAGCUAAUGCAGUUUCCGCUUUGACGCUGCUGCGAUGGGAGGAGAAGAUUGACCGCAAAUUCGAAAAGAAAUUUGAAGAACAAAGGGUAAAAAUUCAACGAAUAAAGAAAGAUAAUGAUCUCUUACGAGCUAGUCAACGGAUAUUUAAGCAAGGCUGUUCCGUACUAGAGAACUGUGCCAUGGUACUACAGGUGAAACUCGAACGGGAUAUGGAUGCUGGUCUCCUCUCUUCUCCUCACGACUUCUUCGCCUCGCAUAGCUGA